UUCAUUCAUCAGUCAUCACUAAACGCGAUUUGUGAAACAUGUCCGCCUUUUGUGUUUUUUGACGUAAAUAUUGGCAAAAAUCCUAUGGUGUUUGCAUUUGCGUGGUGAUUUUCGGUGAUUUACCAGUGUUAUAAUGUGUGUUAACGUGUGGUGAUCUGUUCAUAUGAGGCUGUUGUACAAAACUGGACCGAUGGAGUCUCUCAGAAAAUGGUUCUACAAACCAAGGAGGGACGACCGUUCUUUGCUCGCGCAGUUCUUCUUCGCGGACGACGCGCUGAACAUGAUCGCGGCGGAGUUGGACUCGUUCGACGGCCGAAAAGACCCCGAGAGAUGUUCCACGCUCGUCAACCAACUACGUCAUGCGCAGGACAGAGUGCUCAACAUCACGAGUCAGAUAAUGGACCAAGUUCUAGGGGACGAGAGGGUGGCGAGAGGGUUCCGCGUCAAGUUUCCCGAAGACGUUCUUCAGGACAACUUGGCUGGGCAGCUGUGGUUCGGUGCAGAAUGCCUAGCAGCGGGAUCCUCAAUUAUGAACCGGGAGGAAGAAUCCGCCGCAAUGCGACCCCUAGCAAAGGCACUCACUCGAAGUCUAGAAACGGUCCGGUCUCUACUCCGCGAACAGUGCUUGCGACCACGCGGUCUUGCCCUUCAAGACCACGAUGACAUGUUGCAUGAGAGCCUGAGAAUAUUUGACAGACUGUUCGCGGAAUUCGAACUGUGCUAUGUGAGUGCAAUGGUAAAUGUGAAGACGCCGCACGAGUUCGAGGCUCAGCAGCUCAUCUGCGUUUUGUUCUCCGAGAGCCUGCGGAGGGCGUUGAAACAGAACCUUCUCACUCAGGAGCAGGUGGACUCUUACGACCCGGCAUUGAUGUUCGCCGUGCCUCGCUUGGCCAUUGUGAGCGGCCUACUUAUCUACUCUAGCGGCCCGCUAAGCAUUGACAAAAUGCCGGAAGAGAUGUCGGACAUGUUCCGUCCGUUCCGCACCCUGCUGCACAAGAUCAGGUCUCUGCUGUGGACGCUGGACAGGCGGGAGCUGCUGGCUUUGGAACGGUUUCUGUGCACCAAUGAAGACGUCUCCAACCUGGCUGGAUUUGAAAUACCCCCUGCAGAUGAUUCGACACAGGACUCUUGCUAUCCUGACAUUGGCGAGUUUGUUUCCAAGUUCUACGCUGACCACGCACACUGCCGGGAUCUGUACACAACACAAAGUUCGAGUGAACCGACAAUAACAGACGGGGACUAUCUCCCCGACAACAUAGAAGUUAUGACGCCGAUCAUUGACGGACUCAAACGUCUUAGCGAAGACGUCGACGAAUCUGAGAGGGAAUCCGAACAAGACGACAGACACACAGACACGGCCAGCACAGACACAUUCCAGACCAACGAAAGCAAAGACUUCGAUAGAACGAGAAAGAUCAGUAGACCAGAAAGCGACCUAUCUUCCCUGAGAAACCUCUCAACAAACGGCUUAAUGAUGUUUGACCCAUUAGUAAUUAACGCAGUAUCAGCGUCCACUUCCAGCUCAGAGCCAAGACAAAUCCCAGAUCAGGAAUUGGUCACAUCACUAAACGAACUAGUCGAUCGCUUAUCCUCAUUCGUUACCGAAGUCGACACAAUACUUGAUAUGAAUAAAAGCCAUUCGUUUUCAACCAACGAUGUACCAACUUUAAUAUCAAAUGAUAGCUCCGAAGAUUUUGGUUUCACCGGCCCUAGAAAUGAGCAGUUAAGUUGUAUGCCGUCUACUAGUCAUGGUUACUUGAUACCGAACGCGAUAAGCCAAGAGCCCGUUGUGUUAGCGUCACUAUCACAUAAUAAUUCAGCGGUUUUUAACCAAGACGAAGACGGUGACUUCAAUCGGGGAUUGUUAAACCCGGAUGUCCAAUUGAUGAUACCUAGUAUUGAUGCGGAUAUUGUUAAUAUGGAUAUGACGAUCGCUAGCGUGAAUUUGAGCCAACUUCUUAUAACUAAGGAGGAGUUGAAAGAGAAUUGUGACAAUAUCGAAAUGGGUGAUCCGAGUUUCGCUAAUGUAGACAUAGAUAAGGGGGAAAGGGUUAAAUUCAUGCUUGGUUAUGAAAGUGAUCACGAUUCGCCAGCCGACUCAGGCGUUAGCACAGAAAAUACAAGCUUAGACAGAUCACCAGAUACAGAACAGAACAAAAAUAUUAAAGAGAACCAUUUCAUGCAACAGAACAGGGUAUUAAAAAGUCCAGUAGACGAAAUAGACGAGAAAGAGACGAAAAAUACUCUAGAAAGUUCCUUUUCAGACGUAAGGGAGAACGUUGUAAAUAUUGUUGAGGAACAUACUCAGAAGAACGAAGCAGGGUCAUCUCAUAUUGACAGCUUGAACAUAGAUGGCUUGAAUGAAGCUACAUCUAUAAAUAGUGGUUCCGUACAAAAUUGGGGUUCCGCAGACGCUCAAGAGGAAUUCAGGACCAUAGAAGACGUUAUAACCGAACUAAGAAGGCAUAGGGAAUCGGAUAAAAAAAUUAGUUCGCUAGUAGAAGAUAAUAAUAGGUCGAACGAGCCUAAUUGCUCAAGUAGUAACUCUAGGAGGAAAACAAAAAAAACCAGUAUGAAAAGUAAAAAGAAGAAAAAGUUGUGGUCGCCCGUUGGUCAUGUGAUAUUGGACAAUCGGACGACGCAAAAACAGAAUAGCCCGUUGAGAUUAAAUUUGGACCAUUUUGUGGAUGAAAGUGGUACGUCGUGCGACAGUGCGGAGUGCGCGGACGACGAACAAAUAGCUCUGGCGUUACAGGCGCAAGAGUUGGCUGCAAGACAACAGGCGAGAGGGAAAUUCAAAUCAAGUGAAGAUCUCAUACACCGGCUAUUCGUAUGCAUAGCGGGAGUGGCUGACCAGUUACAGACAAACUUUGCGGCUGACCUAAGAAAUAUUCUGAAGGCUGUAUUCCAAAUGAACCAGACCUGUGAACUGCCAGAGACAAAGGAAGAGGAGACCAUAGUGUAUCAGCCGAGUGAAGACCAGGUUAUACAGACUGGCAGCUCAUUCGACAGCGUAUAUUCAGCGGAAGAAGUGUACGCGGAUAGUAAUUCAGAUUCCACCGCGUCGGAAUCGAACCCGCGACUGACGCGUCGCAACACCGUCAACGCGACAACUAUCGUCGAGCAAGCGACGCCGGGCGAUACGAGAAGAAAGUCGGUCGACAACAGUGGAAACCUGCAGGCUUCCGUGUCUACAGGAGAUCUCACUUAUAGUAGGGAGGAGCGUUCACAGCCCGCAAGUGUGGAGAGAGCACCGGAGUGGGUACCCGACAUCGCCGCACCGGCGUGUAUGCGCUGUUCCGCUCACUUCACUGCCUUCAGGCGGAGACACCACUGUAGGAACUGCGGCAAAGUGUUCUGCGCAUCGUGCAGUUCAAACUCGAUACCCCUACCACGAUACGGACAAAUGAAACCCGUGCGAGUUUGCGAAGAGUGCUUCCAGACUAUCGCGCAGAACUGUCGGCGGCAGACGUCGCACUAUCGGUGAAACUGUUUGUUGUUCUUUAUGUUCGAGCAGAUCUCGCGACCGUUUGAUUAUGAACUUUAAUACUGUGGAAUAGAGUUCGGUUUUAAUUGCAAUAA